AUGUCCAAGCUCCACACCAACAAACCAGGGUACCAUGGCACCGGCUCCGUGGAGGUCGCUCCUCCUGCUCGUCCUGGGGAGGGCCCUACAAGGAGAUGUUACCUCUCCAAAGACGGUCUCGUCACCCAGCCAUUCGAGGGCAUCGACACUGUGCACGACGUGAUUGAGUAUGCCGCGCGCACGCACGGAAACAGAAAAUCUCUUGGCUGGAGAGACGUUGUUAACAUUGUCGAGGAGGAGAAGGAGGUGAAGAAGGUCGUCGACGGCAAAGAAGUGACCGAAAAGAAGAAGUGGAAGUUCUUCGAACUCAGCGACUACAAAUACAUCACUUUUAUCGAGCUUAAGGAAGCAAUUUCUGAGGUUGCUCGGGCGCUCGUUCAUCUUGGUGUGACGAAGGACGACGUUUUCAAUGUAUAUGCUCAGACCAGCCCAAACUGGCAACUCAUGGCACAUGCUUGCGCAUCUAUUUCAACGCCCAUUGCAACUGCAUACGACACUCUCGGAGAAGACGGUCUUGCCCAUUCUCUGAACGAACCUGAAUGUGUUGGUCUUUUCACCAAUGCCGAGCUACUGCCGACUCUUCACAGAGUUCUUGCGAAAACUCCUACCGUCAAAUAUGUCGUCUUCGACGGCGAGCCUACGCAAGCGAUUGUUGACGACCUACAUUCCGUCCGUGAGACCAUUCAAGUAUUCAGCUUGAACAAGCUUCGCGAGCUUGGGAAGACUCAGUCUAUUGAUAUCCUUGCAUCGCGACGACCCAAGGCUGAUGACAUUGCCCUGAUCAUGUAUACCAGUGGGAGUACUGGUGCUCCCAAGGGCGUUACCAUCACCCAUUCUAAUCUCAUUGCCUCCGUCGGAUCAGUAAAGGUUUUGCUUGGACAUCAUCUCACCUACGAAGACACCUACCUCGCCUACCUACCUCUGGCUCACGUCCUGGAGUACAUCGUGGAGAUGAUUAUGCUCUUUGUUGGCAUGCCCAUCGGUUACGGCCGUGUCAAGACCCUUACAGACGCUUCUGUCAGAAAUUGCAAAGGUGACAUUGGUGCCUUCCGACCCUCCAUUAUGGUUGGUGUUCCAGCAGUUUGGGAAACAAUUCGAAAGGGUAUCCUCAACAAUGUUCAUGCUGCCGGAUCCGUCAAGAAAACCCUAUUCAAUGGUGCGAUGGCAGCGAAGAAGAAGAACUUGCCUGUUCUUGCCAAGUUGGCUGACACCGUAGUUUUGGCGGGCGUCAGGGCAGCUACUGGCGGGCGACUACGCAUCGCCCUUAGCGGUGGCGCCGCUAUCAGUCGCGAGACGCAAGAGUUUUUGACCACCGCUCUUGUUUUAGUUCUUCAAGGUUACGGCAUGACAGAGUCGUGCGGAAUGUGUGCCAUUUUACCCCCUGAGUUAAUGCGCUAUGGAUCUGUCGGUGUUCCAGUGCCUUCCAUUGAAGUCAAACUCCUUGAUGUACCCGACGCUGGUUACUUAUCCACCAAUAAUCCCCAACAAGGCGAGGUUUGCAUCCGCGGACCUUCCGUUGUGAAAGGAUACUACAAGCGACCGGACUUGAACGAAGACGAGAACAUCUUCACCAAAGACGGGUGGUUGAGGACCGGUGAUGUUGGACAGUGGAACUCGGACGGAACCUUGUCCUUAAUUGACAGGUUGAAGAAUCUCAUCAAAUUGGCCUCUGGCGAGUACAUCGCCCUCGAGCGUCUUGAAGCCAUUUUCAAAUCCUGCAACUUGGUCGGUAACAUCUGCGUCCACGCCACCCAAGAGGCGAAACAGCCUAUGGCCAUCAUCAUCCCACACGAGGCGCAUCUUCGAAACGCUCUUCAGGCCAAGGAUAUCGACGCCACCCGCGACCUUGCCACGCUGUGCAAAGAUCCUGUUGUUCAAGAACUCGUACUGAAGGGAUGCAAUGCUAUUGGAAAGAAGAACGGGUUCAAGGCGAUGGAGCUAUUGCAAGCCGUCGUGUUGACGCCAGAUGAGUGGACACCUGAAAGUGGACUCGUUACCGCUGCCCAGAAGAUUCAACGCGCGAAGAUUGCAAAGACUUUCAAGUCACAGAUCGAUGAGGUGUACAAACACUCAUAA